AUGAAGAAGGCGUCGUCGCUCUCCCAGCUCGGCUUCGAUGCCGGCGACGCGUCGUCAGGCUUCUUCCGCCCCGUGUCCGACUCCUCCGGCGGCGGGGUGGUGACCCCCUCGGCGCACCGGCGGAGGCUGACCAAGGUAUCCGUGAUCGGCGCGGGCAACGUGGGGAUGGCCAUCGCGCAGACCAUCCUGACGCGUGACCUCGCCGACGAGAUCGCGCUGGUGGACGCGCUCCCGGACAAGCUCCGCGGGGAGAUGCUGGACCUGCAGCACGCGGCGGCGUUCCUGCCGCGGACGCGCCUGGUCUCCGACACCGACAUGUCCGUCACCAGGGGCUCCGACCUCGCCAUCGUGACGGCCGGGGCGCGGCAGAUCCCGGGGGAGACGAGGCUCAACCUGCUCCAGCGGAACGUGGCUCUGUUCCGCAAGAUCGUGCCGCCGCUGGCCGAGCACUCCCCCGACGCGCUGCUGCUCGUCGUGUCCAACCCCGUCGACGUGCUGACGUAUGUGGCGUGGAAGCUGUCGGGGUUCCCGCCUAGCCGCGUCAUCGGCUCCGGCACCAACCUCGACUCGUCUAGGUUCAGGUUCCUCCUCGCCGAGCACCUCGACGUCAACGCCCAGGACGUACAGGCGUACAUGGUGGGCGAGCACGGCGACAGCUCGGUGGCGGUGUGGUCGAGCGUGAGCGUGGCGGGGAUGCCGGUGCUCAAGUCGCUGCAGGAGAGCCACCGCUGCUUCGACGAGGAGGCGCUGGAGGGCAUCCGCCGCGCCGUCGUCGACAGCGCCUACGAGGUGAUCAGCCUGAAAGGCUACACCUCCUGGGCCAUCGGCUACUCCGUCGCCAGCCUCGCCGCCUCGCUGCUCCGCGACCAGCGCCGCAUCCACCCGGUCUCCGUGCUCGCCAGGGGGUUCCACGGCAUCCCCGACGAGAACGACGUCUUCCUCAGCCUCCCCGCAAGGCUCGGCCGCGCCGGCGUCCAGGGCGUCGCCGAGAUGGAGCUCACCGAGGAGGAGGCCAAGCGCCUGCGUCGCUCCGCCAAGACGCUCUGGGAGAACUGCCAGCUCCUCGGCCUCUGA